UGAAACAAUACUUUGUAUUCUUUCAACACAAAAAUAUAUUUAUCUUAAUUCAAUGAUAUCACUAUGUUCUUUGAAAAAAGUAAAUUCCAAAAUCUUAGUGAAUUCCAUAUAUACAUGUGGAUAAUAUUUCUUUUUUGCGUAAUUUUACGUUAUGGAUAAUGACGCAGCUUAUAUGGCAUGUUAAUCAAUUAUUUUACAUGAUUUUACUGCUCAUUAUUCUGUUCAUGUACCAAAAAGUAAUAAUGGCAGAUUUCUUGUUUAGAACAACAAAUAGUUAUGUAAUUCUGUCAGAAUUUCAAAUAUGCCCCACUGGUGGAUUAUAUUUUAGCUUUCUUUCUGCAAGCUCUACAGGUUUAUUAUUGUAUACAGAAAAUAAUGAAACAGGACAGUUUUUCGCUUUGACUUUGUUACCUGGCAAUAGAAUAAAGUUAGAAAUGGAAUUACGUCCUCCACAAUAUCGUGUUACUAGAGCACAUACUACAAUGACUUUAGACUAUUCAAAACAUAUUAUAACUAAUCCUAAUGCUCAAUCAUUCACUUCACGUUUUUCGUCUAAUUUAAAUCAUUGGAAUACUGUGGAAGUUAGUUUUCAAUCAAAAACUAAUCAUACAAUUGAUUUAAUAACCUUAAGAAUUAAUGAAUUUCAUACUCAAAAACAAUUAAUACCAUCAAUAAAUUUUUCACCGAUUCAAUUUUAUGCUAAAACACAACAUUCUAUAUUCGGUAAGUAUGUUUACAUUGGACAAAUACCAGAUGAAAUGCGUUCAGAUGCAACUGAACGUGCAUUAUUCAGUGCUGCAAUGCAACCAAGUUUUCAAGGAAUUAUUAAAUAUAUCUAUUCUAUUCAAUGCAUGGAUUCAGAAUAUUCUGUAAAUAAAGAUAUUAUAAGUUAUACAAGACAGUGUAAAGCAUAUGAAAUAAUAAGCUUAGAAAAUGGUGCAUUGUAUUUCGAAUCAAAUUGGAAUUCACCGAUAGUUAGUUCUUGUUCACUAAAACAAAAUUCUAUUAAACGACAACUACAACUAACAAAUGAUGUUGAUACUUUCGGAAACAAUCGAUUAUCUAAGUUGUGCGGAAAAGAUUCUCACAGCAUACUGAAUUUAAACGGGCAGACUAAUGCCACAUUUCAUUUUGAUACAAUGGGAUACAAUGAAAAUAUUUAUUUAGAAUUCAGAACACGAGAUCAGAAUCAAAUGAUGUUCAGUUUCGAACUUACUAACAUGUGGAAGCCUCAAAUGAAGAAGACAGUUGAUUUUUAUAUGCAAGGUUUUUUAUUAAAUGGAACAUUGGUUGUCAAAUUGUCUAAUCAUUUCACGUUGACAAGUUCCUAUCUGAACAAUGUAGAUACUAAACGUUUCAUCUAUUGUAUAUCAGAUUAUGACACAUGCGCCGAUACUAAAUGGCACAGGCUUUUACUGAUGAUAAAACAAAAUGACCUAUUGCUAACAAUAGAUAAUCAAUUCCCAGUAAAAUUCACCUUUCCUAUUCAAGGUGGAUCACUCAGUGUGAAAAGCAUGCACUUGGGGAUCAAUCUACUGAAUACUUCACAACAAGCUAUAAUGCAAAUUUUCCCAGUCCCAAUGAAUCAAACAAAUUUUAGGGGAUGUUUUCGAUCAUUAACUUACAAAAGUGAAGAAUUAUUCAUUCCAUUACUAGCAACAGAACAAAGAAAGGACAUCCAUGUGGAACUGCCAGACCAAUCCUUAAUGCAAAACUGCGAUUCCAAACUUCUUCAACCGAGAUCAGAUAAAGUACAUGCAAAAAGUCAUAGCUUUGUAUCUUUCAUUAAGCCCGGUGGUUAUUUAAGAAUAAACGGUUGGAAAGUUGUUCUUCAUGGAGAGAUUACAUUUACACUAAGGACAACUACAUUAAAUGGAUUAAUUAUGUACAGUAAUUCAAUUGAUGAACACAAACUAUUUCAAAAGGAUAUCACUAGACCAAUAUUACUUCGAAACGUAAAAGGAUUGAAACAAAUUGGCUUCGAUAUAUUCGCUUUAGAACUACGCCUCGGCAGAUUGCAUUUUUUACUGAACACGGGUUCAGGUUUAAUACAGCCAGAAUUUAAUAAAAAACAUAUUGAAUCUGAAAGUAAAGGUUUUGUAUCUGAUGGAAGAGAACACGCUAUCCAGAUUAUAUUCGAUGAAGGCGACUUGACACUCAAUGUUGAUGGAGAAAAUUUUUUGACACAUGGUGUACAAGUAAAAACCUAUAAAUACUUAAAUUUAAAUGAAUACUUUUAUAUUGGUGGUCUUCCUGAACCAAUGCGUCAGAUCAACUCAUUUAUAUCUCCUGAUGUCUGGUCCGCGCAAUUAAGACAUGAUUUUCUUGGAUGCCUAAGUGAUUUAACUGUAAAUAAAGAAUUAUGGGAUAUUGAUUUGGAGAGACGUACAUGUUGGUCUAAAUCUUUUAUUGAAUCUGAAUGUACAGUUUCAUCAACAAUUGAUUUAUGUACAGAUAAUCCUUGUGAAAAUGGUGGUCUAUGCCAUUCACGUUGGAAUACAUUUCAUUGUGAUUGUUCAUAUACAGAUUUUAUCGGGAAAACGUGUACAGAAAAUCCUAUCAUUGUCGCCUUCAAUGGAUUUCAAUGGAUAUGGAUAAAACUGUAUCCACUUCCGAUUCAGUCAGCAGUUGAAGAGUUGACACUUAGAUUUAAAACAAAGUAUAUGCAUGGAUUUUUAUUAACAACACGAAGUUCUAGUCUAUCGGCGCCAGAUUGCUUGGAAUUAAAAAUUAUUUCCGGUUAUUUAUUGUUAAUUUAUAACUUAGGUGCCAAAGAUAAUGUAUAUCACAACCCGGUAUAUGUAGCUGACAAUAAUUGGCAUACUGUAAAAAUUUAUAGGCGAGAAAAUUUUCUCAACGUCACAGUUGAUUAUUUGUCUCAAACUUUUGACAUUCCAAAAGAUGGUCGUUAUCUUUCUCAUCAUCAAUUGAUCUUUGGUUCCUCUGAAGAUUCACUAACAAAUAGACUAACUGAUACAUCAUCACAAUUUGACCAUACUUAUAAAAUCACCAACCUAAACACUCAUGUUUUCAUUGGUUACCUUAUGGUAUUUUUAUUCAAUGGAGUUGAUUUCUUACAAACUGUUCAAAAUUUAAAACAUGAUCCAAAUUUAUACACCUGGAGAGAUAAAUUAGACAUUACAGCUGACCAGAGUGACUUUGUUCCUGUAUUGGAGAUGCCAGUAACUUUCAAGGAUAGUGAUUCAUAUAUCAACAUUCAACUUGAUCAUCCUGCAGAUGAAUUCAUUUUGGAAAUGCGGAUAAAGUUAAAGAAAUAUGGUUCAGUUCUUCACCUAUAUAAUGAUGUCGAUCAAAAUUUUAUCUUAGAACUAGUGGAUAGUGGAUUUCGAUUUAUACGUGUAUAUAAUGGUCAGGCUGAGAAACAUCAAGUUGGUGAGGAACAGAAGUUAACUGAAGCGGAAUGGUAUUACAUAAAAAUCAUUCAACGGCCACUAACGCAAGAACUUCUGAUUCUAAUCAAUGAUCAGCCAACUUAUAUCAGAUUAGACAAUUCAGGUUACUUCACUUUAAGGUCUAUAAAUAUUGGAGGAUUAUCUGCAGAGAAAUCAACGUAUGCUGCAUAUAGUGAUUAUUUACAAGCAACCACAGGAUUUCAAGGAUGUUUGACAUCAUUUUUACUGAAUCAUUCUAUGACUUACAGUCAGUCGAUGACAUCGAAAAUGAUGAAUAACACACUUAUAUCAAAGUAUCGGUUAACCUACUUGUAUUCAAAUGAUACAGUUAAGGUGAAGUGCCACAAUAUUCUUAAAGGCUGUCAAUAUUCACUCAGCAGACAUUCAGAACUGAAUCAAUGUUCACAGAACUCUUGUCAUUUUAAUGGGAUCUGUUUGCAACAGUGGAAUUCUAUAACCUGUGACUGCAGUUUGACUGGUUUCACUGGAAAAUAUUGCGAAAAAUCUGGGACAUCCAUUUACCUAUCAGAAUCUCCAACAAGAUACGCUAUAGUUGAAUUGAAUUCACCUCAGAAUACGACUCUUGAUAGGUUGGCAUUUGGAAUGCAGAUAAUUCAUCCCGGUUCACUGUCAUUGUUACAUAUUCAGGGUCAAGGACAAUCUGCUGACUACAUGCAAGUAUCAUUACUGCAUAAUAAAGAUCAGCAAAAUCUCCUCAUAAGAUAUAAUAUGGGUGGUGGAACACAAACACUUUAUCAGCCUAACGUGAAUUUGAAUGAUGCACACUUCCAUAUUAUUCAGUUUAUACGACAUGAAGCUAAAGGAUUGCUGCGUAUAGACUUUCAACAUGAAAUCAGUAAAACUGCAGAAGAUCAAAAUAAUAAACAUUUUAAUUCGCUGAAAAGGAUUUACAUUGGUCAAUUACCAGAUUUAAAACGAAAGUUAUUACAGAAUGUGAGCGAUAAGUUGAUAUCAGCGAAAGGAUUCGAGGGAUAUAUUACUGGUUUAAAUUUCAAUGGUAUCAAUCUGAUUGAUGUUGUGACUGAAAAUAUGAUUCCUGGAAUAUACCUGAAGACUCGACAAAAUAUAGAAAUCAAUCCGAAUUUCAAACCAAAUAUCAAGAAAUUAAAAGUGUAUCAAAAAAGCAUAAUGGAACCUGAGAGUACAAGUCAAAAUGAAGCAAAUGAUAUGCAACUUACAGCGACAGAUUUCCAUGAUAAGAUGAUGGAUUAUAAAACACAGCCAAUUAUUGUACCUAAAACCAACUGCCUAACAUCAGAUCGUGUAUACAAUUACAAGGAUUGUCAACCUGCUGAUCUGGAUGGCAUAAUUCGACCAUUCAUCACAUUCAACGACAAUAACGCAUUGUCUAUGAGAGCUGCUGAUAAGAAUGAACCACAACGAGGCUGGAAUGCUGAUCAAAGUAUUAACAGUAAACAGUCUGAAACAAACGAUCUACAUUCUGUUCAAAGUUAUACUAAAUUUGACCAAUCAAAUGUCAAUACCGAAGAAAUGGAACCAUUUAUUAAGAGCUGGUUCAAUCCUUCUACAACUGGUAGUGGUAGUAGUAGUAGAUUAUCUCAAGAACAUGAAGAAAGUACGGAUGGACAACAUGAAGCAUUUUACAGAAAAAAUCAAGUAGCCUUUGACAAGACAACUUACGAAAAUUCAAAUAUUUUGAUUAGGUCUGUUAUGGAGAGAAACAGAAAAUUCCCAUUCAAUAUAGUACUCAUUAUUGCGGUCUCAAUAAGCGGUAUAUGUGUUCUGGUCGUUUUGACUUGUAUUAUAUACCGAUGUAUGCGACGUGAUGAAGGCACAUACAAUGUUGAAGAGAGUAUAGCGUAUACUGGAGAAACACUGCAAAGUAGUAGUAUUAUUAGCAGUAGAAUGAAUACACACAGAGAGUCACCAAUACCACUGAUAAGUUUACAGCCUGAAUUUGUCAAAUCACUAACCUUGUUGACGGAUACUUCUCAAACAUGCAAUGUAGAUGGACGAACUUUAGUCAAACUCAAUUUAACAAAUGAGAAGUUAAUCCUCACAAGUAAUGAAAACGAAAGUAAUCCCGAUUUGAUAAUGAUAGACAAGAAUAUCAACGAUACAACAGUUACCAGCAAUGAAAGCAGUAAUACCAAUAAUGAUGUUAAUACCAGCGGAGCAACUCGAAAAACUCAUUUAAAAACAGAGAAAAAAAAGUCACCAGUUAAUCCUAAAGAAUGGUAUGUUUAAACUGUGAUUUCAUGUCUUUAAUAUUGUUCACUGUAACCAUUUUCCUUCCUUUUUGUAUUUCCAGUUGAUCCCAGUCAAUCACUUCCUCUCAAUCAAAAUAACUUACUGGUCAGAAUGUAAUUUAUUCCAGAACUAUUUCUCCCUCUUCUCCUAAACAAUGAUAAUUAUAGUAACAAAUUCUGUAUAUUGUAGACGGUAAUUUGGUCAAUAACUACAGUAAAUUGGCUAUAAAAAUGUUGAUGUUGCAAGAUUUUGGUUCAAGAAUUAAUGAAAGAUCUUCUGACGAUAUUUUAAACUCAAGAUUUAAGUUUUUUUUUGUAAUUUUAAUUCUUUGCUUUCACUUAUCUACCUUUAUAUUCUUUACUUAAUGUACAGACAAGGAUAAAAACUUUUUAAGACAACUGGAACUUACCUCUGUUGUUGUUGGCAGUUUAUCUUUUUCGAAAUGUAGAUUAUUUCUCCCAAUCUUAUGAAAUAACUGAACUGAAACAUACCAAGUAUCCCUUAUUCAAUUGUAUAUCUUUUCUAUUCUGCCUUCCUGUAUGUUGCAUUUCACAGUGUCAUAAGCCACUCAGCUGCAUUUUCAUGAUAAUUAAGAGAUAAUUUUACAAAUUACCGAGUAAAUCAUCGUAUUUUGCCAGUCACAUUUAUGCAUAUUUACCUAUAGAUAACCUCAGAAUAUAGUAUUCAACAUCAAUGGGAACUUUGAAUAUUGCUGUUUAAUGAGAUUUUAUUUUCAAAUUUUUCUGUCCACUGUGAAUAGAAGAUUAUUAGGUCCAUUAUAAACUCGAUUCUUUGAAUAGUACUUCUGUAACUGAGACAUUGAAAUAGAUAAAUACUUCAUGUAUAGAACAUUCAUGGAUCACUUUGUAAAUAUUUGUAGGUGGUGAGUCAAUAUUCUAUCAUAUGAACACGACUUUCUUUUGAUUUAACUAUUAGUAGAAUAAAUCGUGUACCAGUAAAAGUUAUUAACUUCUGCUGUAAAGAAGGUAUGGCGUACAGACUUCAUAUGUCUACCAUGUGUGAACAAAGAAAAAACUUUCUGACCCCAUGGGAUACAAUAGCGUCAGAUAACUAGGAUAAUUUUGUGAAUACUUUCAAAAUAUGUUUCAUAUUUUUAAAAACGAACGAGUUACUCAUUUUAACCACCAAAUAUGUAAAAAUAUACAAUAUAAAUAUUUCUUCAAAGUCUCAAAAUCUUC